GGUAGUUCGUCGAUGCGUCGCAAUGGUUAUCUGCGCAGUUGUUGGAUGCUCCAACCGCACUUGUUGGGCGAAAUCAACGAAUACAAACUUUUUUCGUCUUCCAAAGAUCAUCGGACAUCAAGGUGACCGUACGAGAGAGUUAUCCGCGAAGCGACGGGGUCUGUGGCUGGCUCGGAUAAAACGCGCCGACCUCAACACUGAAAGGACCGGCAUACGUGUUUGUGGCGCGCACUUCGUAAAAGGCAGACCAUCAAAACUGUGGCAGGAGGCGGACCCGGACUGGGCCCCUACGCUUUUGCUCGGCUACAGCGCAAAACGUGGAGAUCCCGGACGCCACGCUCGCGCGGCAAAACGGAGGAACCAGGCGCGUGCAGCCCAAGCACGGCAUGCAGCCGAGGCAGCGGAGGCGACGAACCCGGACGACCUUACCGCUUCUCAGUUGCCCGCGCCGCGUACGGACGACGAAGUCGGCGUAGAAGACGGUGAAAAAGGGAUUGUAGUCCAGACGGACAUGACAAUGGGCGACCUCGAAGCAUUGGAGAAGGAGUGUGUGUCACUCAAUGAUCGUCUCUACGCUGCAAGGAAUGAAAACAAGCUUCUGGAACUGACAGAAGACGCCCUCAAAUGUAGCGACAGAAAGGUUGCAUAUUACACUGGCAUGGCAAAUUUCACAAUCCUUUAUGCACUGUUUGGUGUCAUCGAGAGAUUUGUGUCACACAAUGCGAAAAACAGUUUGCCAAAGUUCCAGGAAUUCCUGCUCUUCAUCAUGAAGUUGAAGCUAAAUUUGCAGAUUACUGACCUCGCUUUCAGGUUUAAUGUGUCAGAUGCCACAGUGUCACGCAUAUUUGACAAAUGGCUGCAUGCUGCGUACUGCCGUCUAAAGUCUCAAAUUGUGUGGCCACAACGCAGUGCUCUGCAACGCACAAUGCCACAAGCAUUUUACGAUUCUUUUGGAGAAAAUGUUGCAGUCAUAAUUGACUGUUUUGAGAUAAAGAUAGAGAGACCAUCUUCGUUUCUGCCCAGAAGUGAAACAUGGUCCCAGUACAAAGGUAGUAACACGGCAAAAUAUUUAAUUGGCAUUGCACCACAAGGUAUUGUCAACUUCAUUUCUGAAGGCUGGGGAGGACGCACUAGCGACAGGCACAUAACUGAGCACUGUGGUCUUUUAGACAACUUACUUCCAGGUGACGUAGUGCUUGCAGACCGAGGGUUCAAUGUGUCUGAAAGUGUUGGGUUUUACUGCGCUAAACUUCAUGUACCAGCGUACACUAAGGGGAAGAAGCAACUUUCCGCAGCAGACGUUCUGAGCACUAGGAAACUAGCAAAUGUAAGGAUACACGUUGAGAGGGUGAUCGGGCUAAUCAGAAAUAAGUAUGUUAUCCUGAAGGCCACGCUGCCCAUUGACUAUGUUGUUGGCAGACCUGGAGACAAUUUGACACCUCUUGACAAGAUUGUUACGGUUUGUUGCGCCCUUUCCAAUCUAUGCCCUUCAAUAGUUGCAUCACUAAGAGAGUGUAACGGUGACUAGGUCUGUCUCUCGGUUGCGCAAAGAUGAUGAAAGUUAUGGGUCCGAAUCCCUCUGAGAAACUUUUCUUUACUUGAAUAUGUUGCCUUAAAGAGUGGAUUCGAAUAAGUGUGUUGUGCUAGCCAUUAAAAUAGCUCCAAAGUUAUGCAGAACAUUGUUUCACUGUGGUUGUUCUUAAAAUUGCAUUGUUCCUCUUGUGGUGAAGAGAAAGACGAAGAAGGCGCUCUUGUGACGGCUGUGCGCGUGAUCAGCGUUUGUCGACUGCCAGCGCUACCAGACUGUGCCCAGUGCCUCUUAAUAAAUCGCCUUAUUACAUUUGGUGGAGGUGCUCCACUCCCCGACCUCGCCCUGGAACUUCGCAGCCGAACUUUAACAUCUGCUCCAGCCGCUACUAUGACCGACGCUCCCAACAAUCCACUCGGCGCAUCUGCCGCUCCUGUCAUGUGCGGCGCCAUGCAACGGCAGCGGGACCCUCCUGUUUUUAGCGGAUCAGGUGAGACUGACGUAGAAGACUGGCUCUCUACCUACG